CGUCUCCGUCAUGAACAGUUAUGCAUGCUAGGCGACUGUAAGGGUCAAGGCGCACCUAGAUACCUAAGUAUAAAUAUUCGUUGGUCCCAACUGUCGCCGCCUCCUUCUUUCUAAACCAAACCAAGACACCCGCAACCUAUGCGAGAUGGCCAAAUCCCUACCGUGCCCAUAUUACAUCAACACUCAAGCUCACCCAAGGCUGAGCCCAAGCAGCGGAGAGCCGGGUGGUCAUCGGGAACAAGGCCAUGAGUUCUGACGGGUACUCAACCACUCCGAUAGCCCAGCAAACUGGUGCUAGCUCGGCCGAGAUUCAGGAAAAGGCUGUGUCUGUUUGGUUUCGGUGGUUCCGAUGUCUGCGCUGGGCCGGUGCCAGUCGUCUCGUCGAUCAACAGAAGACGGGCGUCAUGUUCUUCCAGUCUUUCGGGUGUUGGGGCGUACAAAAAUUCUGCAACUCGGUCACAGGGCCCGACUUGCACGCGACGGGUGUGGAAGAACUGCGAAUGGUUCCACGCCGCGGAGCACGUCGCCAUCGUCAACACCAUCCCUAUUCUCCCGGUGGACCGGGGACCUGCACCUGCAAACCAGCCUCGGCCGCGGCGGUGGCUUCGAGCCGGCCACCUAGCGCGAUGAGCCAACCAACAACCCCUACUGGAGACGAGCUGUCGCGGCCGCUUUCGCACGUCCGUUCAAUAUUUUUUACUCAGGGCAGUGGAUCGCUUUCCGCUCACACGCAGGCCAAACCAACCACUGCUUCCGUGCUCGACAUCUGGCUCUGCAUCCAACCGUACCGCUUUGGGGGCCUACAGCGUGGCAGUCCAACCUGGGGUCGACGGCAUCUCCCCGCCGCCGUCGCAGCAGCCCACACUUGAUUCCUCCGCCGCCCAGGUAGUCAACCAAAUCAUGGAAUCCGGCGUUCCGAACCUCCUCCCACAGCGAUGGUCCGAUGGACAGGGACAACCCAACUCACCAAGCCCCGUCGCGGCUCCCUCGCAAGGUGUACCACCCAACCCCUCCGCCACGACGCCGGCCCGUGAACUUGAAGACAAUCGUAGAAUACGUAUCCGUCGUAUGGGCCGAUAGUCUGGGAGCCAUCGGCCAUUCGUUACCACAUGUUGUCCAGCGGGGUCUGCUCCGUAGCCCGGUCAGAUCGAUCUAUCGAUUUGCGUACCACCCAGGGCUGCUGAAAUAGGUCAACCAUCGUCGCCUCUGGGUCCAGCCCAUCUCA